UCUGGGGACAUAAACAGUUGCUUGUUCAGACAAAUGCGCAAUCUGAGUGGCAUCUCCACAUUAAGGCUGACAUUUGCUCCGUUCAAAAGCAGCCAUGGCGAUGAUCCAACAACAGGUGAUGACCAACCAGCCCAGUGUGGUGGUGACCUCGGCUUUCGAGCCGGGGAGGGAGAUGUGGUCAUCCAGCUUGUGCAGCUGCUGUGACGACAUGGAGAUAUGCUGCCUUGGAUUUUGGUGCCCGUGCGUCCUGCCCUGUAAGGUCAGCGCAGACCACGGCGAGGGUCUGUGUCUCCCCCUGCUGGAGUAUUGGAGCGGCAUAGUGCCAGCCGUGGCCCUGGGCCUCCGGAUCUCCGUGAGAGAGCGCUACCGCAUAAAGGGCUCCAUUUGUGACGACUGUUGUAUCGUCACGUUCUGCGGCAUAUGCUCAUACUGUCAGCUGGCACGGGAACUCAAGGAACGCCGGUGCCGUCACACACAGGUCAUCUCCUCCACCACCGUGCAGGUCACCUCGAAUCCUCCGGCAUAUUACCCUGUCCAAGGCUACGGUCCCCCACAAUAAUAGGCAGGACCCAAGGCUUUAUACUUGAUAAUAAGGUGUGCAAUUGUAUUGUACAAAACAUGCAUUCACCAGUACUAAAACUUUUAGUUUUGCAUUACAUUAAAAAAUCUAAAAAUAUUUUCCCCCCCGAAAAAACAGCAACACAUAAGUACUGUGUUGCUGAUGAAACAUUUAUUUUAGGCAAAACUGUUGUGUAGUGUGUGUCUUUGUAUGAGUGUGUUGCUGCAAUCAUAAAAUAAAUAAAAACUAAGUAUAACUGUGUGUGUGUGUGUGUGUGUGUGUGUGUGUGUGUGUGUGUGUGUGUGUGUGUGUGUGUGUGUGUGUGUGUGUGUGUGUGUGUGUGUGUGUGUGUGUGUGUGUGUGUGUGUGUGUGUGUCUUUGUGUG